GCGUCGGGCUGCCCGCCGGCGUGCGAGUGCAAGUGGCGCUCGGGCAAGGAGGCGGCGUGGUGCCGCAACGUGACGGCCGUGCCCGCCGGCCUGGACGCGGGCACGCAGCUGCUCGACCUGUCGGGCAACGCGCUGGCGCCGCUGGCGGCGCGCGCCUUCGUGUCGCGCGGGCUGGCCCACCUGCAGCGCCUGCACCUGGCGCGCUGCGGGCUGCGCGCGCUCGCCGCCGCCGCGCUCGCCGGGCUCGCCAACCUGGUGGAGCUGGACGUGAGCGGCAACCUGCUGCUGGCCGUGCCCUCGGCCGCCUUCCAGCCCGUGCCCGAGCUGCGCGAGCUGCGCCUCUCCGCCAACCCGCUCGACCGCCUACCCGCGCGCGCCUUCCACCUGCUGCCCCGGCUCGUGCGCCUCGAGCUCUCCAACUGCCGCAUCAGCCGCAUCGACCCACGAGCCUUCGAAGGUGUCGAGUCCUCUCUCGAAUGGCUGUGAGUAUAUCUUCGCUACAACAAGCUCACCGAGUCCGGGGUGUCGGCGCUGACGACGCUGCGCGCUCUGCACGGCCUGGCGCUGGCCGGCAACCCCUGGAACUGCAGCUGCGCACUCCGGCCGCUGCGCCGCUGGCUCACCGAGCAGCGCGUGCCCCUGGGCGACGAGCCGCCCGCGUGCCGCGAGCCGGCGAGGCUGCGGGGCCGCGCCUGGGACCGCCUGUCCGCCGAGGACUUCGCCUGCCGGCCGCGGCCCGCGCCGCCGCCCCUCGUCAGCGCGCAGGAGGGCGGCGCCGCCCAGCUGCGCUGCCCCGUCAGCGCCGACCCGCCGCCCACCGUCAAGUGGCUGUGGCGCGGGCGGCCGCUCGUCAACAGGUCGUCGCCGGGCCGGUACGUGGUGAACGCGUCCGGGGGCGCGCUGACCGUGCUGCGGCUGGAGGCGUCGGACGCGGGCUCGUACCAGUGCGUGGGCGAGAACCGCGCGGGCCGCGCGCUGGGCGCCGUCACGCUGGAGGUGCGCCGGCGAGCCGCGGCGCCACCCCCGGCCGCCGCGCUGUCGGGCCGCGUGCUGGCGGCGGGCGUCGCCGUCGCGGCGCUGCUGGUGCUGGCCGCCGGGCUGCUGGCCGCCUGCGCGCUGCACGGCGCACUCGCCAGGAAGCGCCGCCGCCGCCGGCACGACGCCGCAGAGGUGGGCACGGCCGAAACUGCAGUGGUGUCCCAUCCGCGGAUGCGCGAGUACCGCGGAGUGCCCGACACUGAUGACGAGGACGAAGACGUGGAGGACGAGGCCGGCUACGAGGAGGACGAACAGGAGACGACCACGCCCUCCGCGGACCUCCACAUCCCGCGCAUCAACAGCUGGGACACGACGCCGAGCACGACGUCGAGCAGCUGGGUGCAGGUGCAGGGGCAGCUCAAGUCGCCGCCGCCGGCGCCGCUGUCCCCCGGGGGCGGCGCGGGGGCGGACAGCAGCCAGUCGCCGCUGCUGGGGGCGUCGCAGCUGUCUCUGCUGCAGCGCCAGCCGCCCCCCAGCCCGCCGUGCCCUGCGCGCGCCGCCGCCGACCUCGCGUCCUACGACUACCACGCGCAGCAGCUGGAGCGCUUCCUCAUGGAGUACCGCAGCCUCCAGCGGCAGCUGUCGCGCAUGAAGAUGGCCGUGGACCGCCGCCGCGGACUGGGGGCCGCUCCGCCCAGUGCCGGAGCCACGUCACCGCCUCCCUACUGGCUGGGGACGGCCAAGGCCACGGCGCCCACCUCCGCCGCUCCACAGCACCGCCGCUUCAGCGGGGGCGACUUCUUCCUGAGCUGA